AUGGGACCGAUCACAGAUUCAAGCAAUGGAAGCCAUUACCACACUGCCAUGGCCGACAUACAUCGCGAGUUACGACGGCCGACAACUCAGCGCAAAGUUUUUUCCCUGACACAGACCUCUCCCACCGACCUCGUUCGCUCCAAGCUCUCAACAUCUGAAAUUCAAUCGCGCGCCCUCUCUUCCGUUCCCGACGAGCUCCUCGCAAACAUCCCCGAAGACUCUAGCUCCUACUCUCUGUUCGAGGGUUUCAAAGCCACCCAAGACGACCAUGAAUUCAGGAAAGCCCACCGACGGCGCAGCUCCAAAGGGAAGAAGCUGCUGAAAGACGGUGAGGCGGCUGGGGCGCUUCCAUCCGCGCCGACGGACUUGAAGAAGGAACGGGACCUGUUAAGCCGGCGGCUGGACCUUAUGGGUGUGCGCAAGAAUAUGUGCAGCUCGGAAAUUCACGAGAUUGACAACAAAAUCGCCAAUCUGCACAACAUAAGGAAAAUCGUGCUGGAUCGGUUGGCGGGGUUAGAGAUGGAAGAGGCGGAGCUCGAACAUCAAUGGAAACGCUCGAUGCCUAUCCUACACGAACACUUCGCGCCCGGAUCACAGAUCAAGGAAAUGCAAGCCCAUACUGACAUGGUGACAGCCAUUGACUUCGAUUACCCGUUUGGUACGAUGGUUAGCGCUGCUCUGGAUGACACCGUCAGAGUUUGGGACCUUAAUACUGGCCGCUGUACGGGGUUCUUGGAGGGCCAUAAUGCCUCCGUUCGGUGUUUGCAGGUCGAAGACAAUAUUGUCGCUACAGGAUCUAUGGACGCUUCGGUCAAACUCUGGGACUUGAGCCGUGCUCGGACUGUGACCCGUGACAACCGUCUCAACAAACCUUCAGAGGGUGAAGGGGAGGACGACAAUGCGUCAGAUGCUUUCUCAUUGUUUUCUGCAACUACUUUGGAGGACUGCUAUGUGUUUUCACUCGACGCCCACGUUGAUGAAGUGACAGCGCUCCAUUUCCGAGGGAACACGCUGAUUUCUGGCUCCGCGGAUAAGACUUUACGCCAGUGGGAUCUUGUCAAAGGACGUUGCGUCCAGACAUUAGAUGUCUUAUGGGCCGCAGCCCAGGCAUCCACCCUCGCUGCUGACACACAAUGGCGCCCUUCGGGACGCCUCCCGGACGCAUCUGCGGAUUUCGUCGGCGCACUCCAGUGUUUUGAUGCUGCGCUUGCCUGCGGUACUGCCGACGGUAUGGUCCGUCUAUGGGAUCUUCGCAGCGGUCAGGUUCAUCGCAGCCUCGUUGGCCAUACUGGGCCAAUCACGUGCUUGCAAUUUGACGAAGUGCACUUGGUGACGGGAAGUCAGGACCGCAGCAUUAGAAUAUGGGAUCUACGCAUGGGCUCCAUCUUCGAUGCCUACGCCUAUGACAAGCCAAUCACUAGCAUGAUGUUCGACACAAAGCGCAUAGUCGCUGCGGCUGGAGAGAACGUUGUGAAAGUAUAUGAUAAGGCCGAUGGACACCACUGGGACUGUGGAGCCGGGGUUGGUGCAGAUGAGUCUGGCCCCGCGCCUGCAACAGUUGAGCGAGUACGGCUCAAGGACGGAUACUUGCUCGAAGGCCGCAAGGACGGUACCGUGGCGGCCUGGACUUGUUGA